AUGUCGACCAGUCAACGUGUUCGCGUUGCCUUCCUUAUCGCAGCAUCUUUGAUGAAGUUCCCUCAAACUUGGUCGAGAGCCACCGAGCCCUGGGUUGAGAUCCUCUCUCCUCAGCCUGCUCAGCUCUUUGUCGAAGGACAGUUCUCCUCUAUCAUGCUUCACUUCGUCGUCCAUGGCGUCGAGCUGGGAGCGGACUCAGUAGCGGCGCACGUGUUUGUCAUUCGCAACGCCAUAUCCUACGGGGGAGACGCCUUCAGAGGGAGGGAGGAGCUCAGAUCCUCUCCCCACCAUGUUGUGUUGGAGCAGGAGACCAAGCUGCAGCUCGAUCACCAGUGGCUGGACCUCGGGCUGCACCAGGUCAGGGUCCACCUGGUGGACAUGAAACAAGGGAGGGAGAUAGCGGAGAGCGCAUGCUUCUUCGAGGUCAGGCUGCCGGUGGAGCAGGAGGAGAAAGAAAACAAGGUUCCUGCUGAAAUCAUGACGGACGCGUUCGAGGACAAGGUGGUUGAGCGAUGGGACCAGACGAUGGGGGAGAGUGCGGAGGAAGUUCUUGCGAGGUACUCGAUGCUGCACCACGACAUCUUGCAUGGGAAGGUCCCGGAAGAGCAGAGGAGGUACCUCGUGCUCAACCAGCAAGCUGGAGGGUUGGGAAACAGGCUCGGGAGUAUCCUAUCAGGCCUUCUAUUCGCGAUCUUGUCCAACAGGGCUAUGCUGGUCUACUGGGACGUGUCCUCGUACUUGCAGAACGGGGAUGUGGAGCAUGGAGGGAUCCGGUGGAACUUCAAGGAUGAGGAGGAGAUUAAGGAGGUGAUAGGGAACGCGGCUCUCGAGGGGAUUCACUACACUGACAUGGGGGAGCUGUCGGAGUACCUGGUGUGCGGCCGCUAUGACACGUCAGAUGAUGCCUCGGCAGAUGUGUCUACCAUGACGACAAUAAGGAUCACAAACCCUCACUACUACAUUCCCCUAAUCAUGAGCAACCCCUUCUAUCGCCGCAGGUUGCUGAGUGUCUUCGGGGGGAAGCCCGCCCAUGUGCUCUUCAACUACCUGUUUAAGCUCGUGCCCUACUUAAAGGAGAAGGUCGACGCAGCAAAAUCUGCAUGGAAGGGGAAGCAAAUGAUAGGUGCAGAGCUGGGAGACGGCAUGGAGUUUGAAGAUGACGAGGAUGUUGUUGCCAGGUCUGCAAAUCAGACAAGCUCGAUCUUGCGGGAAGAUAACGCUCGAAGGCGACCUGGGUAG